AUGAAGUUUGGCAAAACAUUUUUGGCCCAUCAGGUCCCUGAGUGGCAUCUGCACUACAUGAACUAUAAGUCAUUGAAAAAGCGUAUUAAAGCCAUCCACAACAAUGAAUUAGAGUUAUUAUCGCAGAACAAAAAUGUUGACGUACUAAACAACGGAAGGGUGAAGUCGGACUUGGCAGCUUUUUUCUUCGAGCUUGAUCGAAACAUUGAAAAAGUGGACGAUUUUUACAACAAGAAGUAUAUGGAAUAUGAGUACAGGCUUAAGAAGAUUACAAGUGCUCUUCCGGCAAUGACGGAUUUGAGCAUUUCUGGUCAAUUGACAAAUACAGACUCUAUGACAACCCUUAAAGAUGCAGGUUUGGUUGAUGACGAGGAGGAGGAGGAAAUUAUUGGCGUUUUACUCGAGCUUAGAAAUUGCUUCCGUAACCUAAAAUGGUUUGGCGAAUUAAACAAGAGGGCGUUUCGCAAGAUUCUCAAGAAAUUGGACAAGAAAACUGGAACCCACAGACAGGAUGCUUAUUUGAAUACCCGAGUGUAUCCAUUAGAGUUCUGUAAUGAUACUGACACUGUGCAUUGUCUUAGUAUAGCGAAUGAGUAUCUUACGAAGCUCAACGAUAGACUUGAGGGACAGGAUAGUGAGAGUGAUGAAUCCGCCGAGGAAUCGACUGGUAAUGGCGUGUCAAAUAAGGGAAACAAAGCAAUGGCUGUAAUCAGUGCCAAUCUUGCCAAUGGAUCAUCAGUGUCGAUUGGAUCAGUUUCAACGAGUUCUUCGAUCUCUGCAGUUGAUAUGGGAAUUUCUUUGUCGCAUGCCUCUGCUUCUUCUGGCCUUCCACCACCUUCUUCCGCAUUUGUUGCAAAUGGUAUGAAUUCCAACAGAACGGAAGCUAAGUUGAAUGUCACCGCAAGAACUUCCAGAAUUGGAAACUCUCCAUACGUGAACGCAUUAAAGAAAGAUGAUCCGGACUUAUUGAACAAGGUUUUAAUCAAGGAAUGCAUGUCACCGGUGUUGGCUCCUUUGAAGUUGCUGCUCUCUUUACUUAACAGGGCAACGCUCGACUUGAGCUACAAGUGCAUAGACUACUUGCUUGAGAUAAUUCCGGUUCUUUCCGAUCCGGCUGAUAUUAGUGGUCGAAAUUUCUUGCAUCAUCAUGUUAUUACGCUUGGAAAACAAUAUGUUAAGAGAUUGGAGCAGGGAAGCAAAGUAUCUAUUCCGGUGCCAGCGCAGUCUCCUGCAGAAUUUAGUUACCGGCUUCUUAAUACAUUUGGACCAGAUGGAAUCAAUUCAAAUGAUUGCUCAAAGGGAUUGCUAUAUGUAUUUGAACAUCUUCCUGCACACUUAAAGUUUGCAAUUUUGCAGAAAGAUAAUUACAAGAGGACACCGUUGCACUAUGCCGCUCAAUAUGGUCUAAAAGAGGUUACUGGUAUAAUUGUCAGGUACUUAAAAAAAUGGGAUUUGUAUAAUGAGAAAGUAUCUCUGGAUGAUGUUAAUCAAUGGGGUGACUGUGAGAGCCUAACACCUAUCCAUCUAGCAGUGCUCGGAACACACCCACGUACCGCUAGUGUUCUUCUCAAUUCUAUUAGCCCUGAAAUUUCAUUGACAUGUCCUGGUCUACUACACAUCGCUACCAGAUUGGAUUCUCCAGAGCUCAUUGAAUUGCUUUUGGAUAGAAAAGGCAUUGACAUUGAUUAUUGUGAACCAGAAACUCACGAAACUUCUCUUUACAUUGCAUCAAAGUUAGAUCUUUUGUCAUCUGUGGAUUGUUUGUUGAAACGAAAGGCCAAUUCUGAGAUUGGAGAAGGAACGUUUGGAUGGACACCAAUCUUUGUUGCCGCUGCUGAAGGGUUUGCUGCAAUUGUUGAAUCAUUGAUAGCCAAUGGUGCGAAGUUCCACAUUUUUGAUCAAAGUGGGUGGACUCCAAGAGAGCAUGCAGCUUUGAGGGGACACAUGGAAAUCGUGAAAAUGCUUACUCCUAAGGAUUAUGAUCCGUAUCAAUUCAUUCGGAAGCCGGUUAUUUCUCCUAAACUUUCACCCAAGACAAUAUCACCUUAUAACAUGAAGGAAUUGGCUUCUAGUAUUGAUCGCUUGAGCGAUUUUGAUGGUAAAAGUGCAUAUGACCACAACAGGAAGAUGGAGAUGAAAAUGCAAAUGGUGGGGGAAAGAAAUGGUCAUAAAGGUAUGUCCACAAAGGAAAUUAAGUCGUUUGGCCACAGCUAUCUUCAUGAAAAUCAGGCUUUAGUUCUGUUGACUUUGGGAAGCACGGAUGCACGUGAUCAGGGCCCAUCGUUAGACUUGAAGAAAGUUCCAUUAUCGAAGCUUCAUACAACUGAGUUAGACUCUGCUCUGUCACUUUCAAUUCACACGGCAGAUCCAAAACAGAUUCCAAUUACUUUGGAUCUUCCAUUGGAUGACACUAGAGGAAGUGCGACCGAUCCAAUAACAUUUAAAUGUGAUGGUUCCGAUCCUAUGGAUACUGUUGUUUACUUUGAUAUUGUUCCUACCUACCAAUGCGAGGAAUCACCGAUUGACCAACCAAAUGGUAUGAUAGAUAAUAGGGGUAGGUCGACAUAUAGAAGAGAAAACUAUAUUAGAGGUCGGGAGAAUAUUCGAUCAGGUAGUGAAAAAUACGAUCGGAGAAUGUUGAGUAAUAAUUCAUCAAAUUCUGGUUCUUCUUCCUCCUCCAAGGUUCUUGGACGUGCUGUUGCAAUCCUUAGAAAUGUUUAUACCUCGGUGGGUGAACUUAAGAAGAGUCUUGUGAAUGUUGCCAAAAUUCCUAUUUUAGAAGCUACAACUCUGGAAGUUCUUGGAACAGUCAAAUUUGAAAUUAUGCUGGUGACAUCUUUCCAACAUCCUAAAAUGACUUUCGGGGACUCAGGCGUUUACUGGAAGUCGAUGGUUGCCCCACGAGUCAUUGGACAUAGAGGAAAUGGUAUGAAUUCUCCUGAUAGAAAAUCUCUCCAGCUUGGAGAAAAUACUAUGGAAUCAUUUAUUGCAGCUGCAUCAUUGGGUGCAUCUUACGUUGAAUUUGAUGUUCAGCUUACAAAGGAUAAUGUUCCAGUUGUCUAUCAUGACUUUCUAGUUGCCGAAUCCGGAAUUGACAUUCCGAUGCAUGCAUUAACGCUUGAGCAGUUUCUUGGAUUGAAUGAACAGAAUGAUAAUCCAGAGCCUCAGUUAAAUGGAAGGAGGGGUGAUACUAGGGAUGAUACGUUCAUUUCGAAAGGGAGAAUCAAGGGCCAUGCUGGUAUAGAUGCAGCUAGGGAAAGGAUGAGACAUACCAGAACCUGGAAGCAAAAGAAAUAUAAAGGUAAUUCACGUGGUUCAACUAUUGCAUCUAAAUUUGUCACAUUGGCUGAAUUAUUCAAACAAGUUCCGUCAAAAGUUGGAUUUAACAUUGAGGUCAAGUACCCAAUGCUUGAUGAGUCCCAAAUUGAGGAUAUUGGUCAGGUGGGUCCGGACAUGAAUCACUUUGUUGACACCAUCCUUAAAACGGUAUUUGAGAAUAAAGGUAAGAGAAACGUUGUUUUUUCUUCUUUCCAUCCGGAUAUUUGUACCAUGCUAUCAUUGAAACAGCCAUCUAUUCCUAUUUUGUUCCUUACAGACUCUGGUUGUUCAUCUGUUGCAGAUGUGAGAUCAUCCUCUCUACAAAAUGCUAUUAGAUUCGCUCGUAAGUGGAAUCUUUUAGGAAUUGUUUCAAACGCUAAGCCAAUUGUUGAAUGUCCAAGGUUGGCGUCCGUUGUUAAGUCCAGUGGUCUUGUGUGCGUUACUUAUGGAUCGGAAAAUAACGACCCAACUAAUGUGAAGCUUGAAAUCACAGCAGGAAUUGAUGCCAUUAUUGCAGAUAGUGUGUUGGCUGUGAGAAAAGAACUUACAAAACUUGGAAAGGGAGAGUCGGAUACUACAAAAGAGAAUACUGCUGAGACUGAGCCCCUUAAGAGUGACAAACUGAUUACGGGAACCGACAAGAUGCAAGCAAUAAAAAUGAAAACGCCCAUCCUUCCAUCAUCUAAUCAGGCUAAAGAUUAA